AUGGUUGGGUUUGACAAAUCGAGGCACCAGAACCUGUCAAACUCCGAUUUCUUGGUUGCUGGUUGUAUCAGUGGUUUCUUUGGGCGAGCAUGUGUACAGCCGCUUGAUGUUGUGAAAGUUAGAUUUCAGCUGCAGGUAGAACCAAUUACUGCAUUACAAGUGUCUGCCAAGUACCGAAGCGUUUUUCAAGCAAUCCGAUGUAUUGCCAGAGAGGAAGGUCUUCGUGCAUUUUGGAAAGGACAUCUUUCCUCCCAGCUUCUUGCCGUUACAUAUUCUGGAAUUCAAUUCACAUCAUUUGAACUAUAUACAAGGUGGUGUGCUGAGGCACUGUACAUAUUUGAUGACAACAUGGAAGGUAAUCCAACGAUUUCGCCCGCAAUCAAUUUUUCCUGUGGAUGUCUCGCCGGCAUAACCUCGGCUACUUGCACACAGCCGUUGGAUGUAAUGAAAACGCGCUUUAUUGCGCAGGGAGAGCCACGGAUAUACAACCACCUUCAUGAAGCUGUUGUCAGUAUUGCAACCAAGGAGGGAUUUCGUGGAUUCUUUCGUGGUUUGAGCCCUUCCCUCCUUUUAACAGCACCUCAGACAGGGCUGACCUUUGCAAUCUACAAAUUCACAUGCCAAAUUAUUAGUCUCUGUGAAAGUCGUAUUCCUGGACGCCCUCCCUCUGACCCUUCUGAGACAGGCAGUUCCUUUGCCGGUGGGUUGUCUGGGAUGAUCACAAAAUGUCUUGUUUACCCAAUGGAUGUUGCGAAGAAGCGUCUCCAAGUUCAAGGCUUUGAAGAGGCACGCAGCACCUUCGGCCGUCCCCUCGUUGUUCAAGGUCUACGAGACUGCAUCGUCAAGACGUGGAAACACGAGGGCCUCAAGGGCAUUUUCAAGGGCCUGCAGCCGUCCAUCCUCAAGGCCUGUCUCUCAAUGGGCUGCAGGUUCACUGUGUACGAGAAGACGUGCAGUCUUAUCUCCCGUAGGAAUACUUCAAGGGCAUUGACAAAGCCGGUGGCUUAA